AUGGAGGUCCUCUCUUGGGAACCACGUGCAUAUUUGUACCACAACUUCCUGACAGAAGCAGAGGCUGAUUACCUGGUGCAGAAGGGCAAGCCCCACAUGGAGAAGUCGGAGGUGGUGGACAAUGAGACAGGAAAGAGCGCACCCAGCAAGGUGCGCACCUCGUCGGGGAUGUUUCUGAACCGCGGGGAAGAUGAUGUCAUCGAGCGGAUUGAGGCGCGGAUUGCCAAGUACACGGCGAUCCCAAAGGAGAACGGCGAGGGCCUACAAAUCCUACAUUACCAGGCGUCUGAAGAAUACAGGCCCCACUUCGACUACUUCCAUGACAACUUCAACACCCAGAAUGGCGGCCAGCGCAUCGCCACAAUGCUCAUGUACUUGUCGGAUGUUGAGGAUGGUGGAGAGACCGUGUUCCCCGAGAGCUCGGACAAGCCGAAUGUGGGGAAUACAAAGUUCUCACAGUGCGCGCAAGCCGGAGCGGCUGCUAAGCCAAAGAAGGGGGAUGCGCUGUUCUUCUACAGCCUGACCCCCGAUGGGCGCAUGGAUGAGAAGAGCCUCCAUGCUGGAUGCCCUGUAAUGAAGGGAGACAAGUGGAGCGCCACAAAGUGGCUUCGAGUGGACCGCUUUGAAGCCGGCUGGUUGCCAAGAGCUGGCCUCAAUAACAGGUCCUAG